ACUCUCUAGACCUAGCCUAGAAGCUCUUUGCUGACAUGUCAAAAUUGAUUGUGCCUUCUUGUUGAAAAUUGCAGAAUCUUCACGUGACAACAUUUGAUUGGAAUCUCGUGUCUUCCUUCAACCGCAAUGCAAUCGAGGUACUUCUUAACGCAAGACAAACACGGCCGCAAAAUUUCAAGAUGCUGUCGAUUCUACGGAAAGCGAGGCUGAAGGACAAGGAGAUGAGAAUCUUGAUGCUGUACGAAAUUAAAUCCGAUAUUGAAUUCUGCUAACAUCGCAUCUGUACAGUGGUCUUGAUAAUGCCGGCAAAACAACCAUAGUGAAGAAGAUCAUGGGCGAGGAUGUCAACAGCGUUAGCCCCACCCUAGGCUUCAUCAUCAAAACUAUCGAUUAUGAAGGGUCGGUUCUCAAGCACAGUUGUUGAAGCCAUGCUAACUUUCGUAAGGUAUAAGCUUAACAUAUGUAGGUUCUUCUUUGGGCUUCAUGCUCGGGGUUCUGAUGACCAUAGGGGAUGUCGGUGGCCAGAAGACCUUACGAUCGUACUGGAGGAACUAUUUCGAGAAGACCGACGCUUUGAUCUGGGUUGUGGAUGCCACUGAUCGAUUGCGAGUGGACGAUUGUCGUGAAGAGCUCCAUGGACUCCUACAAGAAGAGAGGCUAUCUGGAGCAAGUCUCCUCGUGUUUGCGAACAAGACAGAUGUUAGUGGGUGUAUGGACGAGGACGAAAUUCAACAGGGGUUGCAGUUAGAUGCUAUCAAAACGCAUAAAUGGCACAUAAUCCGAUGCAGUGCUAUUACAGGUGCGAAUCUUCAAGAAGGUCUUGCCUGGGUCAUACAGGAUGCGAAAGCAAGAUUAUUCCUGUAUUGAGUCAAGAUGUGUCUCUCACUAGUGUGCAGUGCUCUGGUUGGUGUAAAGCUUCG